AUGACUAUCGCUGAAGCCCGCAACAAUAUGUCCAUAAGUGAACCCAACAACAAUAUGUCCAUCAGUGAACCCAACAACAAUAUGACCAUCGGUGAAGCCCGCAACAACAUGUCCAUCAGUGAAGCCCGAAACAAUAUCUCCAUCAGUGAACCCCACAACAAUAUGUCCAUCAGUGAACCCCACAACAAUAUGUCCAUCAGUGAACCACACAACAACCAGUCCAUCAGUGAACCCCGCAACAAUAUGUCCAUCAGUGAACCCCACAACAAAAUGUCCAUCAGUAAACCCCACAACAAUUUGUCCAUCAGUGAACCCCGCAACAGUAUGUCCAUCAGUGAACCCCACAGCAAUAUGUCCAUCAGUGAACCCAACAACAAUAUGUCCAACAGUGAACCCCACAACAAUAUGUCCAUCAGUGAACCCAACAACAAUAUGACCAUCGGUGAAGCCCGCAACAAUAUGUCCAUCAGUGAACCCCACUUCAAAAUGUUCAUCAGUGAACCACGCAACAACCAGUCCAUCAGUGAACCCCACAGCAAUAUGUCCAUCAGUGAACCCCGCAACAAUAUGUCCAUCAGUGAACCCCACAACAAUAUGUCCAUAAGUGAACCCAACAAAAAUAUGACUAUCGGUGAAGCCCGCAACAAUAUGUCCAUAAGUGAACCCCACAACAAUAUGUCCAUCAGUGAACCACGCAACAACCAGUCCAUCAGUGAACCCCACAGCAAUAUGUCAAUCAGUGAACCCCGCAACAAUAUGUCCAUCAGUGAACCCCACAACAAUAUGUCCAUCAGUGAAGCUCGAAACAAUAUGUCCAUCAGUGUAGCCCGAAACAAUAUGUCCAUCUGUGAAGCGCGCUACAAUAUUACCACCAGUGAACCCCGUAAUAAUAUGUCCAUCAGUAAAGCCCGGAACAAUAUGUCCAUCAGUGAAGCCCGCAACAAUAUGUCCAUCAGUGAAGCCCGCAACAAUAUGACCAUCAGUGAAGCCCGCAACAAUAUGACCAUCAGUGAACCCCACAAAAAUAUGUCCAUCAGUGAACCCCGCAACAAUAUGUCCAUCAGUGAACCCCGCAACAAUAUGUCCAUCAGUGAACCCCACAGCAAUAUGUCCAUCAGUGAACCCCACAGCAAUAUGUCCAUCAGUGAACCCCGCAACAAUAUGUCCAUCAGUGAAGCCUGCAACAAUAUGUCCAUCAGUGAAGCCCGCAACAAUAUGUCCAUCAGUGAACCACACAACAAUAUGUCAAUCAUUGAGACACGCAACAAUGUGUCCAUCUGUGGACAUAUUGAAGAGGGAUUGAUCAACAGUGAAACCUCCUUAGUCCGAACACUGUUUGCCCGAGAUCUCGUCACCUGA